CGUCAUUCCUCUCAGAUCUCCUCCCUCCGUUCAUCCAAACUACAGUCUCUGCGUUAUGGCGCUUCGCUCAAACUCUUGCCAUGUAUACGUGGCGUUACUAAUAGCACUUUUCUUCAUUAUAAAUAAUGCAUCUGUAACUGGAAGCAGUGGGCAGUCUUCCGAGAGUUUAUCCGGACUUUUACCUCCAUACGAUGAGCUCUAUUACCGCGGGGUUCGGGCGUAUUUUAUGGAAGAAUGGGAGCGAGCUGCGGAGUUCAUAGAGAAAUCCAUAUCCACUCGAGAAACGCUUCUUAAAACGAGACGCAAAUGUCACGACGAAUGUUUGUCGGCAGGAGAUGACAGACUCUCCAAACUGGAUGCAUUAGAAGGAAGUCUCUGGGAUCUGUGGGCACUGGACUGGAUCCAGGUCCGGGCAGAGUGUGUGAGGUUCUGUAUGGGUCGAAGCGUCUCUCCUACUGGUCUUCUGCCAGUAUCCUCAGACAUUGAGUAUGAGUUUGGAACACGAAACCCUUACAACUUCCUGCAAGUCACGUAUUACAAGUUGGAUAAACUGCAGAAAGCAGCAUCGGCUGCUCACACCUUCUUUGUGGCCAAUCCAAGUCACUUGGAGAUGAGGAACAACCUUGAGAAGUACAGGAGGAUGACAGGAAUGAAAGACGAAGCCUUUCAAGACAGAGAGAGAGAGCAUGAGAAACACUGGGAGAUGUAUGAUGCAGCCAUCCAGGCUGAGAGCUCGUCUGAUUGGUUGAAGGCAGUGAUGAAGUGGGGCGAUUGUGUGAAUGAGACGCUGAAGCAGACAGAGGAGUGCAGAGCUCAGUGUGUUACAGCGUCACAGGUCAUUCCAGAGGAGCCAGACACAGUACAGGGCGCUUAUGAGAGAGCUGCAGCCCUCUCUCUCUCAUUGCUGUCAUGCAAACAGACGUGUGUUUCCUUAUUGUCAACCCGACCUGGAAGGGUUUCUGCUGUGGAGGACUUUCUGCCCAUGCAGUUAGAACAUCUUCACAUUGCACAGUACAAAGCUGGGGACCUGAAGGGGGCAGUGAAGACCCUGCGGUCCUUGUUGCUGUUUUACCCAACAGACUCAGACUCGCUCAGUAACCUGCAGCUAUACACUCAAAAUCUAGAGGGCGACACUGAUGCUCAGGAAACAGGACCCCUACAAGAAAUUGCCAUGUAUGUCAGUAGAGCCCUGGAGGAGAAGAGGCUGCUAUAUUUUGGGAUGGCUAACUUGGACUUUAAAUUCAGUGACCCGGAUCUGUGGACGCCCGAGGAUGUUGUGCCUGAGUCACUGCGUGAAAGUUGGAGAGCAGAGAAACAGCUGCUUCAUGAGAAACUAAAGCAGGGAGAGAAAGUUGAAGAAGUGGAUGACAGUGGAUUUUACGCAGGUGGUCCUGUUCCUGUGGUUGGUGUAACAAUCACUAUGGAUGAUCAGAGGCUGAACGGGACCAACCGCGUCGUGCUGGAUGGAGUUUUAUCUCAGUCUGAAUGUGAUCGUGUGAUGCAGCUGGCAACUGUUGCUGCAUCAGUGGGUGAUGGUUACCGGGGGCGACGCUCUCCUCACACACCGCAUGAGAAAUUUGAGGGUUUGACUGUUCUUAGUGCACUCAAGUUGGCUCAGGGUGGCCUGGUUAACCAAUCAGAUGCCAGACUGCUACAUGAGAUUGGCGAAACCGCCAGAGUUCUGAUGCACUCGUACUUCAGAAGUCAUUCCGCUCUUUACUUUUCCUACACACAUUUGGUGUGUCGCUCCGCCAUCCCAGGACACCAAGAGGGGCGGUCGGAUCUUUCUCAUCCGGUUCAUGUGGAUAACUGCAUCCUGGAGCCGGAAACAAGACAGUGCUGGAGAGAACCUCCUGCCUUCAUUCAUCGAGACCUCAGUGCAGUUCUCUACCUGAAUGAUGGUUUUGAAGGCGGUGAAUUCUUCUUUACUGAUCGAGAUGCUAAAACAGUCACCGCAAACGUUAAGCCAACCUGUGGGCGACUGGUGGGAUUCACAUCAGGACCUGUCAAUCCUCAUGGUGUUACUGCCAUAACCAGCGGUCGACGAUGUGCAUUGGCACUCUGGUUCACCACUAAAAAGCACCACAGAGAUAUGGAGCGUGAGGAGGCUGAGGCUAUAUGGGCAGCAGAUGGACACAGUGUAGUAAAAGAAGAGAAGGAUGAUGGAGAAACUCCCUCAAAUUCUGCUCGGCGUGGGAGAAGCCAGGUCAGAGAGAAGAGCAAAGAUAGAGAAAGAGUGACAGGGAGGCGGGAUGAGCUGUAGAGUGACAGCUGAAUGAGCCAAUCAGACGAGAGACAGUAUAUCGCUCAUAUGCCCAUGGACAUUGAUUUUCAUGCUGCCUGUGCUUCCUGUCAUCUUGUCAUGAACACUAGUUUAUUUUUAUUUCAGACUACACCACGUGGAUAUGUCUCUAUAUGUUGAUUGUACGUGUGUAUGUGUGUGUGUGCCUAGGUUUCAGGAUGGCACUGUGUGUGUUUUUAUGGUUGUUAUGAAUAAAUAUGGUUAUGAAAUAAUAAAGAAAUUGUAAAUA